GCUCGCGCCGGCCGGAAGCGUUGCUCGCGAGGCGGAAGCGGAGGGAGCCGGCAGGUGCGGUGGGAGCCUGUUCUGUGCACGCCGGCGACCCUCUGUCUGGGGCCGGGCGUGGUUUCGGCUGUCAGGUCUGUCAGGAGGAGGACUUGCAGGGCCUCUGAACGGUGAGAUGCUGAUGCAGGGCCCAAACAGACCACAAUGGUCUACCUUCAGGGGCGUUCCACACCGUGAUUCACAUCUGAUCGACGGAGGUGUUCGCUCAGUGUGCAACGUCUCAGGCAGUAGUAUGUGACAGAGGAGGUGGUAGGCUGCGGGAAAAGAAGCCAUUAGCCCUGGUGUGUACUAUGCAUCCAUUCGGUCCACCUGCUCCUCAAUUUGAAAAUAUGGCCGUGUGUGUAUAGGAGGCAAAGAACAACCUGGGUCUCAUGCAUUCACCGGAAGUGAAAAAAAUGUCUCAAAAGCAGAUGAAGGAAGCUUUUGUCAGUAACCUCAAUGGAACCAGCGUGCUGGAAGUGACCCAGGGCUUGUGCUUUCCUGCAUUCUGUAUCCUGUGCAGAGGCCUUUUGAUCAUUUUCUCAGAGCACUUGUGUUCUUUCUCACUCCGCCGGAGCACACGAUUCUGCAUGGACUUUGUUGUUCUCAUAGUCCCCCUGGUGGUCACUCUGACUAUACUGUCUUCGUUUAUUCUCCUGGAGAGUCUCACGGUGAUUGCCUGCGGGGCAUGGCUGUUGUAUCAGAUCUAUCAGAGGAGGACUUGCUAUGCCAAAGUGCCUGUCCAGAAAGUCUUUGCAAACUUCUUGAAAAUCAGCCUAGAGUCAGAGUACAAUCCAGCCAUCACCUGUUACCGGGUCAUUAACAGUGUAUUCACUGCUAUUGCCAUUUUGGCUGUGGACUUCCCACUUUUCCCUAGAAGAUUUGCCAAAACGGAGCUUUAUGGGACAGGGGCCAUGGAUUACGGAGUAGGUGGUUUUAUUUUUGGGGCUGCAAUGGUUUGUCCAGAGCUUAGAAGGAAAUCUGUAGAAGGGUCCAGAUUUAAUUACCUUAGAAAAUCACUGUAUUCUGUUUGGCCGCUCGUCUUGUUAGGAAUGGGACGGUUAGUCGUUAUAAAAUCCAUAGGCUAUCAGGAACAUUUAACUGAGUAUGGAGUUCACUGGAAUUUUUUCUUUACCAUCGUAGUUGUGAAAUUAAUAACAUCCCUUCUUUUGAUUAUUUUUCCUUUAAAUAAGUCGUGGAUUGUGGCUGUCAGCAUUACUGUGUUGUACCAGCUAGCUCUCGACUUGACCCCACUCAAGAGGGUAAUUUUGUAUGGCACUGAUGGUAGUGGCACGAGAGCUGGGUUAUUUAACGCCAACCGGGAAGGAAUCAUUUCCACUCUGGGGUACGUGACGAUCCACAUGGCUGGCGUGCAGACAGGGUUGUAUGUGCUUAAGAACAGAACACGUAUCAGAGACUGGAUAAAAGUUGCUUGUUGUAUUCUCUUAGUGGCUGUUAGCUUCUUCAUUUCCCUUUAUAUAGUUCAAGUAAAUAUAGAAGCCGUAUCUCGAAGAAUGGCCAAUUUAGCCUUUUGUAUGUGGGUGGUUGCUUCUAGCCUGCUGCUUCUUAGCUGUCUGUUACUGAGUGAUAUAAUUUUGAGUUUUGCCAAAUUUCUAAUUAAAGGGGCUCUAGUACCAUGUUCUUGGAAACUUAUACAGUUGCCUGCUACAAAUAAAAAACAUUCUGAAUCUCCAAUCCUAGAAGGUGAAAAAAAAGAACCCAGCCUUUGUUUAAUCACAGCUCUGAACAGAAACCAGCUGUUUUUUUUCUUGCUGUCAAAUAUAACAACUGGUCUGAUUAACCUGAUGGUGGAUACAUUACACAGUAGUGCCUCCUGGACCUUAGUUGUGCUCGGUAUGUAUAUGUUUACCAACUGUUUGGUUAUAUAUGUCCUUGAUUUACAAGGUAAAACCGUCAAGUUUUGGUGAUGAAUGGGUAGGCUGUGUAUAUUUGAACAGCAUUAUUUUAGGGAGGAGAGUAAAUGUGGAGGAGAUGUGCUCUUAGCAAUCCAGCCUUCACCGUAUUUUAUCAUGAAGUUUCAAUCCUCUGACAGAAAUUAAACUCGACUUUUUUGAGGGAGACUCCUGCCACUCUACCUGGAUGUGUAAUACAUUUCGACAUUAUGUAAAACAAGCCAACAGAAGUGGUGGGUGGCUUGAAUCUCAGAGCAUGGGAGGCAGGGGCAGGCAGGUCUCUGUGAGUUCGAGGCCAACCUGAUAUGUAUGUUGAGUUUCAGGACAGCCAGGGCUAUGGAGAGAGACCCUCAAGGGGAAAAAAAAAAAAAGGCGAAACAAAGUCUUGUGACUUAUUGGAACUUAUAAAAUACCAGUAUUUUAAAGAACUUGUUUACAGGAUUUUGUUUUGUCUGGAGCUCACUAUGGUGCUCAUACCUCAGCCUCAGCACUGGGGUUUCAGGCAUGAGCCACCACACCCAACUUGUUGGUAGUUUUGACACUGCAAGAUGGAGGGUGGGAUUUUUUUUACUUUUCAUAUAACAUUAUGCCAUUGUAUUUGUGAUGGUUUAUUUGAAUAUAUAAUUGUAUGAUUAUGUUUGUUACAUGAUGUUUACAUUAAGAUAUUUACGAAUUGUCAUUUCAAAAGAUUUUAUGUGUGUAUAUUUUGCCUGCAUGUAUGUACGUCACAGGUGUGCAAUGCCCACAGAGGCCAGAAGAGGGGGUUUAGAUACCUUGGGACUGGAAUUACAAAUGGUUGUGAGCUGCCGUAUGGGUGUUAGGAAUUGAACCUGGGGCCUCUGGAAGAGAAGCAAGUGCUCUUCAUCACUAAGCCAUUUUUUAAGUUCCUCUAUUUUCUUUUAGUUGGGAAUCUCACUAUGUAGCCCUGGCUGACCUGGAACUCAAUAUAUAGACCAAGCCCACCUCAAACUCAAUAGAGAUCUGUCAUCUUUUGCUUCCUGAGAGCUGGGAUCAAAAGCAUGUACCACCAUGCCCAGAAAAUUAUAGAUUUUUCAAUGCAUCAAUUUUUUUUUGUUUUCUUUUUAUUAGAUUUAUUCCUUUCUUCUUUGUUGUGCCUGCACGUGUGUAGGUGUACCACAAGCAUGCUUAGUGUCUUAAAGGAUUAGAAGAACAUUCCAUCUCCUGGAAACGAGUGAUGGAUGGUUGUAAAUGACCAUGUGGGUAUUGGGAAUCGAACCGUGGUCCUCUGCAAGAGUAGUAAUUGCUCUUAACCAUUUGAGCCAAUUCUCCUGCUCCUUCAACACAUCUGUUCAUCUUUUAAUAAAGUCUAGGACUAAGAAGCAAGGGCUUAAAACCAGAUACAUUUGAAACCAGAAAAAAGUUAAGUGUAAUAAAUAAUGAUUGAAUUGGAUGAUCUUAAAUAUAUUACUUCAAACAAGUUUUUUUCAGUUACCUGAUACAUCUUCCUUUUUAAUCUUUAAGUUUUGAUACAGGAUCUUACUAUGUAGUCCACACUAGCUUUGAACUCUCCCUGUAGCUCAAACUCAUCUGGAAUUUAUGCUCACCCAGCCUCAGUUUCUCAAAUGCUAGGAUUGUAAGUGUGCACCCUCAACCCAGCUAUACAAGUUUUAAGACUGAUUCAUUGUAGCUUACUCUGUGCUAGGCACACAAUAAUAAAACACAACUAAGGAUGCAUCCAUCAUGUAAUCAUAGCACUCAGGAGGCUGUGGCAGGAGCUAGAGCUCAAGGCUAGCCUGGGCUACAUAGAUCCUGUCUCAAAAGAUAAAAGAAAUUUCUAGUAUCUUGGAACUUUCAGUCUAGUGAAGGGAAACACAUUAAACUAAUAUAAAUACUGAGUCAUAGAA